GUCAGCCGGUGGAGUGGAUGCGCCAUGCAGUCUCAGAGCUGAGGGAGGAGGAGGCGGAGGAGGCGGAGAGGAGUGGAGAGGAGAGGGGGGAAAGCAGCCACCAGCUGAGGGGAGAAGGGCCGCGGCCGAACUCAGGAAUUCAGCUCGGUGUCAAAGCCUCAGAUUCUCACCGGGAUAGAAAGCGGUUAAGUCGGUCGUUAUGGAGGAGAAGAAGAAGGAGGAGGGAGAAGCGGAGAUCCAGGAGCACGGGCCCGAGCACUGGUUCUCCAAAUGGGAGCGGCAGUGCCUGGCCGAGGCCGAGCAGAACGAGCCGAGCGAGGAGGAGCCCGAGCAGAGCCGGCAGAAGCUUUGGCACCUCUUCCAGAACUCAGCCACGGCAGUCGCGCAGCUUUACAAAGAUCGAGUGUGUCAGCAGCAGCAGGGGCUUUCUCUCUGGGUCCCUUUUCAGAACGCCGCGACCGCCGUCACCAACCUGUACAGAGAGAGCGUGGAAGUGCACCAGCGCAGCUACGAGUUAGGAAUCCAGAUCGGCCACCAGCGGCGUAACAAGGAUGUCCUGGCCUGGGUGAAGAAGAGGAGGCGGACCAUCCGGCGCGAGGACCUCAUCAGCUUCCUGUGUGGCAAAGCCCCGCCCCCAAGGAGCUCCCGGGCUCCGCCCAGAAUCGCGAUGGCAGCGGCGUCGGAAACGAGCUCGUCUGUCGAGACGGACCUGCAGCCAUUUAGGGAGGCCAUCGCUCUCCACGGUCUGAGCGGCGCUAUGGCGAGUAUCAGCAUGCGCUCCGGAGCGCCGGGAUCUCCUACACACCUGAGCGCAGGCUCCACCCCCGGGCGUCGCAGGAACGGUCUCCACGACGUUGACCUGAACACCUUCAUCGCAGAGGAGAUGGCGCUCCAUCUGGACAACGGCACUCGCAAGCGUAGCUCCGCCCAGUGCAGUGACGUCAUCACAGACUCGCCCACCCACAAACGCAAUCGGAUGAUCUGAUCGGACGAGAGAAAGAGAACGAGAUCAGCAGAAUCAGACAAACUUUGACAAAACGCCAUUCGUCAGUCAUCCUUCGCAUCUUUACUCCGAAACGGGAGUCUCUCGUCUCGCGGCGGCCCGGCGCGUCCCUCUAAUCCAGAGACACCCGAGCGGGAGGCGGAGCUCAGCGCAAAGUGCCCUUCCAUGCGACUAUACACACACACACACACACACACACACACACACACACACACACACAUUUAAUUCACUUUUCUGUUUGCGAGUCCAAUUGUGGGAGAAAUGAUCCGUGUGCAAGUGAUGUUAUGACUGUGAGGGUGUGUGAUGUUUGGAGAGUGUGCAUGAACGUGUGUGUGUGUGUGUGUGUGUGUGUGUGAGAGAGAGAAAGAUGCCUGCCUCCUCCAAACAGCGCCUGUCACUGCCCCAGCUCAGCUACCACACUGCGGCUUCAAUACAAACAAAGUGUUUUUUUAUAUAUAUAUAAUUUUAAUUUGAAAUAUUUACGUUAUUUGUGUUUUUAUUUCUCACAUCAGUUUUUUGUUCGCUGCUCCAGAAGCAGGCACAAGUGCUCCAAAUAGCAGUACUUAACUCUAGAGCAUGACCCCGAUCACUUUUAUUAUUAUUAUUUUUAAAAAACAUUUUUUCGACUGUGAAGUUCUUGUCCCUCUCAUGAGUUCAUUCUGUAAGCUUCCACUCGUCCUUCUUCCACCUCUUUCUCCUGGUCCUCCUGGUCCUCCUGUUCCUCAGCACAUCUCCGGUGUAACAUUAUGAAAUGUAAAUAACAGUAGGUGCUGAUAGACUUGUGGUACAUAUUGUAAAAAAGAGCUGUGCAGAGACCAUUGAAUUGUUAAUGUACAAUAAUGAUUCUUGCAUUAAAGAAAUGAAGCUUUUAACUAAAA